AUCUAAAAGGAGGAAUAAUGGUUCCGUUUGCCCAUCAAAAAAGGUGGUCAAAGGCGCACGCGGGAGCCCCCAAUUGGCAUGAUGACUACGAUUAAUGCAACCAUAUGCAAACACUUCACCGUCCGCAGUGAGGAGAAACACAGAGAGAGUUCCUCCGCCGAUUUCGACUGACACACCACCACCAUGGGCGUGGCGUGGAGUGAGCCUUCCUCACCCGCCGGUGAGCCAAGCCUUUCCUUUGCCCACUCUGGAGAGUAUGCAACACACGGAAGUGUUGGAUCACCUCCACCUUCUCCACCUUCUCGUCCUCGUGGCUGGGCCCUCGCUGCGGCUCGUGGAACAGGCGGCGGUGGCCAGGAGGUGGUGAUCGACGACGAGGACCUCGUUCGUCGUCAGCAUUAUCUUCAUGUCAACAACUUGCAAAGUUGGUCCGAGCGUGGUGCGACUGAAAGUGAUGGGCAUGGAGGAGUGUAUGGCUUUGACGGAUUGGGUAUGGAGAGCGACAACCAAGGUGACAAUGGCUACGCACCGUCGCUCAAUGACUCUGCUAUGUCUAUUAUGCCUGGUGGGCAUCCCCCGCAUGAGCCCCUCCCGCAAUACCUCCCGCCGUCCCAGCCGCAACUCCCGCACUCGUCAGCAAAUGACUCGCUUCCUUUUCGCCGCCUCUCGCCGCACACUCGGCCGCAAUCCAAUCAUCGUCUUCACCCUCUUCUACUAUCAACAGUCAUCACUUGGGUGGCAAUGCUCAUUUGGCCCCUUCUGCUGACCUCGGUCCUCCCUCGGCUAGCCCUGCAGACUCGGCCGCUUCGCUUACUUCUGCGCGCCACUCUUCACUGCCUGGCACUCGUCCUGAUCUGGCUACGCACUCGCACUUUGUCUCUCUCGCUGCGCGCGUGGCAGAGAGAGACCGCUCGUCGCGACGGCGGGCGCUCUCGUCGCCGCUUGAUACCGCUCCGCUUGCGCAGCUGUACUCGACCGCACGCUGGGCUCGUCGUGGCUCGGUUCAUGCUCAGGCCGCCGGCCUAGCGCUGAGGACCAACUCGCUCCUCGCCCACCCGCGCGCUCUCAAGUCGGAGCACGACAAGCUCACUGCCGCCAUCUCGGCCUCGCUCGCUGCCGUCCAGCUUGCGCUCUGGGAUGACGACGACGAGAAGGAGGACGAGGGACACUCAGCUGCCAUCUCGCGUACCUCGGGUACGCCCCACCACGCCAGGCUCCCGCUCCGCUCGCCCGCCCCGCCGCUCCGUCUCGACACUGCCGUCGUCCUCCCGCCGCUCGCAGGCUCGGUCUCUGACGAGGAGGAUGAGGAAGAUGAGGACGACGAGCCGCCCCGCUCUCCGCCGCUCUCCGAAGCCCUCUCUGCGGCUGUUGCCGAGGCAGCGGCGUCGACGCCGCGUGUUGCUCCGGCAGGCUGGCGCAAGGUGCCGUCGUCGAUGGCCGGCCAGACGCUCGAGCUCGGCAAGAACGGGGCGCUCGUCGCCGCUGCCGGUCCGCCGCCUGCUGCCGUGCCGUGGACGUCGGUCUCGACCUCGCUCGGCUCGCGGCUCCGCCUCCGCACCUCACAGUUUGUCCACGCCUCCCACGUCCGCCUCGGCGCGUGCAAGCGCCACUACAUUGUGGCCCAGGGUCCGACCGAGGCCGGUGUCUUUGCCUUUUGGCGCAUGGUCUGGGCCGAGCACACCUCGGUCGUGGUGGCUCUCACCCGGCUACGCGGCCCGGCGCCCGGCGCGCUCACGCCCGAGUCGCUGGAGGAGGCUGCCGGCUCUUCCGAGCUCUGCUUCCCGUACUGGCCCAUGGAUGUGGGCCAGGUCCUUGUUGUCGGCCAUUUCGAGGUCGAGGCCAAGUCGAUCGAGGCCCUCGGCUCGUACGGCAUCCGCACUGAGCUCCGGGUCCGCCACAUGCUCGAGGCCCAGAAGCGCCGUGUCGUCCACCUGCAAUACGCCGCAUGGCCGCAUCACGCCGCUCCGCUCCCGCUCCGCUCGCUGAUCGAGUUUACCCACGAUGUCCACGUCGCCUAUAAGCGCCGCUACCGUCCGCUCCUCAUCCACGACUCGUGCGGAACCGGCGCUGCUGGCGUCUUUGCCGUCGCCCAUGCCGUGCUCUCGGACGCUCUCGAGGAGCUCGCGGUCCCGGAGACCGGCCCGCUCCUCGGCCUGCCCAUCCUUGCCCACGAGGCCGCCACCCAGCGCCCGGGCCUCUUUGCUCGCCGCCGCGACUACUGGGCCCUCUACGAGCUCUGCACCGCCCUGGUCAUGUCAGUCACCCAGGAUGCCUCCGCCCCGCCCUCGGCCGCUGCAAUGGCCGCCUCGGCUAUGGAGGCCGCCAUGCACGAGACGCUCAACUCGCCUGGCGACCGAGGCUCUGGUGACCUCACUCUUGCCUCCAUGGACCUUGCGCUCCCGGAUGCAGACCUCGACUCGGAAUUCGUCGUUCCCAUGGACCAGAGUCCGACGUCGUCGCCGCGCUUGUGUCACCGCGAUGCCCACUACGACCGCGCCCGCCGCUCGGUUACCCCGCUGCCGUGAC